GUCACACAAAACACGUGUGUUCGGAAGAAGCACGUUAGUACUGGCUCUGAUCUGGGAUCUCUUUACAGUGUUAUUGCAAUAGGUUUUAUUUUAGGUUUUGUCGAGUGGAAAUACCAUCCGCUGUAAUGGGUGGAUUACAAAAGAAAAAGUAUGAGAGUGGAUCGGCCACUAACUACAUCACCAGGAAUAAAGCCCGCAAGAAGCUGAGUCUGAGUCUGGCUGAUUUCAGGCGAUUAUGUAUAUUGAAAGGGAUCUAUCCUCAUGAGCCCAAACACAAAAAGAAGGUCAACAAGGGCUCGACCGCCCCUAGAACCUUCUACCUGCUGAAAGACAUCCGCUUCCUCCUGCAUGAGCCCAUCGUUGGCAAGUUCAGAGAGUACAAGAUUUUUGUGCGUAAACUGCGGAAGGCUUAUGGCAAGGCUGAGUGGGGUGGAGUGGAGAGACUGAAAGAGAACAAGCCUGUGUACAAACUGGACCACAUCAUCAAGGAGAGAUAUCCCACGUUCAUUGAUGCUCUUCGAGAUGUAGAUGAUUCCCUCUCUAUGUGUUUCCUGUUCUCUACAUUUGCUCGCACGGGAAAGUGCCACGUUCAGACGAUUCAGCUGUGCCGGAGACUCAGUGUCGAGUGGAUGAAUUACGUUAUCUCCUCACGCUCCCUGAAAAAGGUUUUUCUUUCCAUUAAGGGCAUUUACUACCAGGCAGAGGUAUUGGGGCAAACCAUCACAUGGAUCAUACCAUAUCAGUUUGCCCAUGAUCACCCUACAGAUGUGGACUACAGAGUCAUGGCCACAUUUACAGAAUUCUACACAACACUGCUUGGCUUUGUCAACUUCCGUCUUUACCAGACUCUCAACCUUGUCUACCCGCCCAAGCUUGAUGGACAAGGAGAGAUCAAUCUCAAAUCAGAGUUUGAAGAAGAUUAUGCCCUGGAAUCAGAAAGCUAUACUGAGAAACUGUCAGCGUUGAGUGCCAGUCUGGCCCGUAUGGUCCCAUCAGCGGAGGAGGAGGAGACAGAACUGGACCAUUUCCCUACUGAAGGGGAGGACCUGGAGAAGAUGGAGGUGAGAGAGAAGAUGGAGCAGGAGCAGAUCAAACAGAAGAAGUUCUUCGAGGGCCUGAAGUUUUUCCUAAACAGAGAAGUUCCCAGGGAAUCGCUGGCUUUUGUGAUCAGGUGUUUCGGUGGAGAGGUGUCCUGGGAUAAAUCACUGUGCAUUGGCAGCACAUAUGAUGCCGCAGACGAAACGAUCACACAUCACAUUGUGGACAGACCCAGCAUUGACAAACAGUAUAUCAACAGGUACUACAUCCAGCCCCAGUGGGUGUAUGACUCUGUCAACGCAAAGAUACUGUUACCCGUAGAGGAAUACUUCCUUGGAGUUACACUGCCGCCCCAUCUGUCACCAUUCGUGGAGGAGACUGAGGGAGAUUACGUGCCUCCUGAGAAGCUCAAGCUCAUGGCCCUGCAGAGAGGAGAGAAGCCACGUGAGGGGGAAGACGAAGAGGAGGAAGAAGAGGAUGAGGACGACGAGGACGAGGAGGAAGUUGAUCAAAGUGAGGAAGAAGAUGAGGCUGAAGAUGAGGCAAAUCUAGCUGAAAUGGAGGAGAAGAGAUCUCGGGGAAAGAGCUUGUCAGUAAAGGUGACUCCUGGGAAAGCCAAAGCAGAGAACCGUAAGCGAGCCGCAGAGGAGGAGAAAGCAGAGGAGAAGAGGCUGGCCAUCAUGAUGAUGAAGAAGAGAGAGAAAUACCUCUAUGACAAGAUCAUGUUUGGCAAGAAGAGAAACGUCAGAGAGGCUAACAAGCUAGCUGCUAAGAGGAAAGCCCAUGAUGACGCCAGCAAGGAAGACAAGAAGAAGAAAAAGAAAAAGUGCUGAAGGACUGAUUUGUAUAUGUAUUAAAGUGCUUCUUGUGCUUUUUUCCCCCUCUGUGAAGAGACUUGGAGGAGUGUUU